AUGAUGGAGUAUAAUUUAUGUUGUUCCACAUGAUUUAGGUGCAGGAAUAAAUUCUGGUGAGUAAAGUAGUUGGGCAAGUAGAGAUUUAUAAUAUAUUCCAUUCCACCUUCUCUCCAACAAGAAGGUAGGAAGUGAGGAUGAUGAUGGAGGAACGAGAACUUGAUUAUUUACUAGUCCCUUUUGGGAUUGCCAUUUUCGUAUCAUACCAUGCCUGGCUUCUCACCCUCAUUAUUCGCAAUCCAAGAAGAACUGUCAUCGGAAUCAACUCUGAGUCUCGCCAUCACUGGGUCCUCUCCAUUAUGACCGAUCCAAUAAAGAAUGGAGUUCUGGCAGUUCAAACUAUACGGAACAACAUUAUGGCAUCUACACUUUUGGCAACAACUGCAAUUACGCUCAGCUCAAUCAUUAGUGUAUUUGUGAGCAACAAAUCAAGCUAUACGCACUCUGAGCUACUGUAUGGGAAUAAAACAUCUAUGAUGUCUUCUAUAAAGUUUUUUACCAUCUUGCUUUGCUUUCUAGUUGCAUUUCUCUGCAAUGUUCAAUCUAUCAGGUACUACGCUCAUGUUAGCUUCUUAGCUACUGUGCCUACCUUCAAAGAAAGAUCUGAUUCUAUGGAGUAUGUCGCAAGGAAUUUGAACCGAGGGAGCAUGUUUUGGUCACUUGGACUACGAGCAUUUUAUUUGUCAUUUCCUCUCUUCCUUUGGAUAUUUGGUCCCAUACCGAUGUUUGUAGGUUGCUGUGUAAUGUCGAUUGUUCUCUACUUCUUGGAUACCACUACAAGUUUUACCAGGGAUCUCCACUGUCAAUCUAUAAGAGAGAAAAGAAAGGAAACUGAUGUAGAUGCGUAAAUCAUCCACUUUAGAAGUUGUUAUGACAUAACGAGUUCACUCUGGGCUAAGUUGACGGACUCUCCAAAAAUGUUGCCCAGAUCCUUCAAAAAUACACUAGUUUUGAAGAAUCUGACACGCAUCCGUUGAUAUUUUUAAAGAGUCCGAGCAACACUGAGGGUGUAUUCAGAGUUGUAGCCUGUAAUACUUGAGUGUUUUAUUUGGAAGAUAGCUUGUUUCUUUGUGACUUAAGUUUCACCCUUUGGUUUCUGUAUAAAAUUUAUCUUCAAGUGGUUUCCACUUCAUUAUAUAUAAAUUAUUAAUUUUGCUUUCCCUGUA